GUUAAUAGUGAGGGAAUGAGCCGCGCGUGACGCGUGAGAAUAGUCGCACCUCAGCGGGCAGGAAGGUGUUUUGAUGGAUGCGAGGUUAUCCCGAAGAACAUUUGCCAUCUCUUUUGGAAAGGAAACCAAUAGAAACGCGUUUUCUCUAUGUAAUGAAUCCCCUCCUCCCCUUCCUCCUCCUCCUCCUCCUCCUCCGACAUAACGGAGCGAUGCUGGCGUUCAUGCUUCAAUCGAAACGCGUCUAAUCGAAACGCGGCUUCGACGCGAUGGAGACGGAGUCCCUGGCGUGAUUUAAAGGGGGAAGCCCUUAGUUCAACACGAUUGAGACACAAUGCACGCCUCCUGUCGCGAAUACGAAGGCUUUCUCUGGACGUGUAGACUCCUAAUGUCACCUCGCUGAGCGAUGAUGCUCGCGUCACGGCUCGCGUUCACUCAUCGUCCGCUUUAUUCGCGAGAGAAGCAGCAGAACGGAUACUUGACCACUGCGAAACUGCCCUUUUCACGCUUCAAGCCUCUUCUGGUUAUCGGCAAGGGACACAUUAUUAUAACCACGAGGGCCAGGGACACACGAUUAAAGUUUCAAAGAUGUAAAUCGAGGUCUGGUAUGAGUGAAGUCGCCUCCGUCUAGCACAAACUAGAGCUCACAUUUGAGAGUCGAAAGAGGACGUCCGUUCAGCGUUUGCUCCGCACCACACCAUGAGCCAGCCACAGCCCCCUCAGCAGGCGGCAGCGCCGGACCUGGAGGUGAUCUCCCAGCAGGUGGAGGAUGAAGGCCAGUGCAUGGCUCCAGUGCAGCUGGUCAGCUUCACCUACAGGGACCUUCCUCUGGCUGCCCUGGACCUCUCGCUGGCCGGAUCCCAGCUACUUUCCAAUCUGGACGAAGACGACAACCAAGAUGGGUCUAACUGGCUGAAGCCGUGCUGCGGGAGGAGAGCAGCGCUGUGGCAGGUGUGUUUGCUGAGCGCCGGCUUCAACUGUUUCCUGGUGGCCUGUGUCAUCUUGGUGGUGCUCUUACUGACUGUGGAACUGCUCAUUGAUACUAAGCUCCUACAAUUUAAUAAUGCGUUCCAGUUCGCAUGUAUCAUCCACUGGAUCAGCCUGGUCAUCCUGUCCGUGUUCUUCACCGAGACUGUCUUUAGGAUCGUGGUGCUCGGGAUUUGGGAUUAUAUAGAGAACAAAGUUGAGGUAUUUGACGGUGCUGUGAUUGUACUCUCUCUGGCCCCAAUGGUGGCCUCCACGGUGGCUAACGGCCCCGGCAGCCCCUGGGACGCCAUCAGCCUCAUCAUCACCCUCCGCAUCUGGAGGGUCAAGAGAAUCAUUGACGCGUACGUGCUGCAGGUGAAGGUGGAGACGGAGCUGGAGAUCCAGCAGUAUGAGAAGACCAAAGCUGUGAGGGAGGAACAGCUGGAGAGACUCACACAGAUCUGUCAGGAACAGGCCUUUGAGAUCAGGCAGCUGAGGGCUCACCUGGCGCAGCAGGAUUUGGACCUGGCCGCUGAGCGUGAUGCCGCCAUGCAGAUCCACCAUGUGUGGGGCAAACAGAGCAGCAGCUUCCAGGAAAUAGACGGCCUGGGACCCGCUGGAUCUGACAACACCAGAGAGCCCAGACCUCCUCCAGAGAGCGCCGUUCAGGAUGAUAUGAAUAACUACAUCAGUCAGUAUUACAGUGAGCCAAGUAGCGACAUCGGGGUGCCCGACCCUGGUGCACGUGUCAUAACCACAGCAGCCAUAGAUGUCCACCUUCCUACCAACCCCAACCAGUUGCCGCCUUCCCUUGUCAGUGCUGACGGCCCGGGCAGUGGUCAGGAGCGCACGGGCAGCUCUGUAAGUGAAGCAUCCAGCACGACCAUGUCCCGGUCCAGCUGCAGCUUCACAGCCCGGCAGCACAGCGUCAGCAGCCACACGCUGGGCUCCACGACUGACUGCAGCUCCACCGUACGGGAGGCGUCCACCUCCGACUACAGCGGCCAACACUGCUGCCCUCCUCCGUACUGCAGCCCUUUGACCCUGGGCACACAACCGGGUGUCCACGACCCCAGCGCGGUGGUCAAAGAGCUGCUCUCUUCCCUGUCCGAGGACUCUUGCCUGGCACAGAAAGGCAGGGUGGACCCGGUCAACCUUAAAUUGCCCAGUCCGGCAGGGUCGGUCAAGGCCAGUCCGGAACUGGAGCACAGGGUGAAAAUAUACAACAAGAGAAACCAGGAACGUCUGGGUGUAUUCCAGACCAAGCCACUAAUUCACCUGCAGGGGACUGAGCCAUCACUGGAGGAGAAGUACAGGCUUAUGGAGCCGGCAGAUACUCCACUCAGCCAUAUAACGGACACAUAGAGCAUGACGUUUGGGACGGUGACCACCAACACCAGCUGAAGCAGCCUCUCUCUUGGCCUCUCUCUAUCUCUAUAUAUAGCUUACUCACUGGCUGUGUCGGAAACAUGAAAUGUAUUGCCUUCGCUGACAGUAUCCCGAAGUUAGUAAGCCAUCAAGGCAUAUCCGAGUCUAGUGACCGGCCAAGUAGUUUAAGAGGCAGUGUAAAUGGCUCUAUGCCAGCACUGCGUAUGGUGAGCCACCUUCCUGCAGAGUUCAGGUCCAAAACUACACCUUCCCGUAGUUUUCAAGUAAUCCAGGACACCUUGGUUGGUUGGUUCAGGUGUGUUUGAUAAGGGUUGGAGCUAAAUUUUAUGUGAAGGUAACUCUCCAAAAGCAGGGUUAGCUACCCCUGCUUCUUUUUGCAAGAUUAGUAGGAAUUGCCUUGUCACAAAUGGUACAAAUAUAAAGGCUGGAACAUACUACGUCUUUUAAAAUCUGAACAGUAGGUAUCAUUUUAGUUAGUACUUUGUAAACGGUUACAGAAAAAAAAAUCUUACACUAAACCACUGAGGCAGGUGCUUUUAUUAAGAUUGACUCCAGGCAAAAGUCAUAAAGUUGUAUUCCAGCCUUAAGUUUCUGUCAGACUCUGCAGGAAGGUGGCUGUAAACGAGCUGGAUUGGACAAUGCAUUAAACAAUGGCCAUUGUGAUAUUUAUUCCAGUGUUUCCUCAACCAUGCUCUUGAAAGUAAAACUAAAGACAUUUUUGAACUCCUCCUAAUCAAACACACCAACUCAUCAGCCCUUUAAUAGAGACUACAACACCGGAGGCAGAUCAGUCAGGUUAAGACAUCCAAAAUGUGUACCAGUGUGCAUUCAGCGUGUCGACUAGAAGCAUUACUAGUUCACUACUUGGUGCGUCCCUACUAUUGAAACGCCUCCAUUUGGUCAAUACAUUGGACAUAUCAUUCCCCAUCUAUGAUAUCCCAACACCUGGUUCAGUGGUUACUUGAAAAGUGUCCGGGAAAUAGGUGGAAAUUGACAGAUUAGGGGUUUUGAAGCCUGUCUAAAACCUUAGGGCACAGUUCCUCAAAUCCGACCAAAGUAAGGGCCACUGCCCUCCAGAGUUUAACUCCAAUUCUUAUUUUUUAAGAUUUAUUUUUGGUGUUUUUGCCAUUUUAUUAGGAUAGGACAGUAUUUAAGACAGGAAGCUAAGUGGGAGAUAGGGAGCGGGAUCGGGAAAGGCCUGCGUGCCGGGACUCAAACUAGGGACACCUGAAGCACAAUGGAACCAUAUGUCUGUGCACUGCCCACAGUUUGAUCAAGGUUUGAGCUAAACUCUUCAAGGCAGUAGCACUUCAGGCACAGAUUUGAGUAACCCUGCCUUUAGGAGUACCUUCAUCCAAAAACUUUGAAUGAUCGGGCAGCACUUUUUUGUUUCAGACACAGCCAAUCUGUCUUUCUCUUUCUGUGUCAAACAGCACUAUUAUACUCUCUCCCAGGUUUCAUGUUCUCAGAAAGGGGCACAGGAAGUGACUUGAGAAUAAUGCUCUCUGCUACCCGCCUCAUGCAAUUUUCCUCUUUACAGAUGCACAUUUCUCUUUCUCUCUCUCUCUCUCUCUCUCCAACUCUGCAAGAGCACUUGAACUUUGUCACUCCUGCCAAAAUUGCACAACCUUCCAAGGAGUCAGGGAGCGGUACUUUGGGAGCCAUCAUUGGAAGAUCCUUCAGGAAUUUCAGUGUGUCUGUUGGGCGAGUGGUGUAUGAAACCAGCAAAAACACACUCUUUUAGACGGUAGACCAAUAUCUUGAGUGUGGCUGGAAGACUUAUCACGUGUUCUCAUUCAGGGUGGCGUGGGAGGGAGUUUUUAUUUGUCGAUUUGUUUAUUUGUAUGAAAUGUAACUGACACACAAUGUCCAGUCCGUUUCCCCCAAAGCUGCAGGGUUAACAUUUGAUCCGUGUUCAAAGCUGUGUGAUUCAGCCAAAUUUCUUACCUUUGCCUUUCUUACAUUACUGAUGCUGAUGUUUGUAUUCGAAUUCUAUGCGAGAAUAAAAGUGCUAAACUUAAGUAUUUUUAAAACACGGAGAGCAAACAUAUACAGUAUUGGAAGAUUUUUAUUAGAAAUUAUGGUUAGAAUGUUGUCAUUACCCUAAACCUUAACCCCCAUCCCAAUAGCAUGAGCCUUUGAAAAGAUCUAUCUGCUUACUGACUGAGGCAAAUGAAUCCCGUGUUAUCAACAAGGGAUUUUAUAAAUUGGUAAUGGGAGAGAUUGUCAAGAAAUUAAAAGUUGGCAAAUUCAAA